GGUGGAUCGAGGUUAACCUCAUUCGUUCGUUGGCACAGACCGCGGCACCAUGUCCGAAUCGCGCGAGUGAACCACACACAAGUUCCGCCGACGAUUAUACACGUACGCGCGCGCGCACCCGUGGACGUAUUCCGCGCCGCCGUCUUUAACACUUACCGGGCGCGGCAGUGUUCGUUUCGCAGUUUUUUAUUCGUUUAUUAUUGUUAUUAUUAUUAUUUUUUUAUUUUUUUUUUUUCGUAUUUUCUUUUCCGUCCGUUUCGCUUUUUCACGUGCACGUCCGACAUCUUCCACCGGCAACCGCGCGGCGUCGUAAAAUGCUGUGAACCCUGCGCGCGAAAUGUUCGACGUCCCACAGGAUUACCACCGGUUCGCGGUCUAUGUGGUGCCGGUUUAACGGUUCGUGUGUUGCGUUUUGACAGCGGGAUCGACGGACGCGCUGAGAAUGGCCGCCAGGCGCAAGAAGCUUUUGCCCGCCAGAACGCUGGCGCUGCUGCUCGCCAGCUUAUUCGUAUUCGACUGUUUAGCGUUAAGCGAAGGUGAUAUAUUGCUCAAUGAAAAAGAUAGAAACGUGGAGAGGAUCAAAAGAGAUGGCGAUGUCACUGUUCUGUUGUUGGACGAAAACGGAAAGAAAAAAACAUCCCCGACUGUUGGACUAUUGUCGUCGAUGGCCCGCACGUUCGUCCAGGACGGUGUAACCACCGAGUACGCGACCCACGUUAUCGGCACCACCGUGGGCGACCGUUACGCGCACAUAGUGAGCACCGGUUCUCGAGUGUUUUACGAUAAUAUAAAGCCGACCAACCGGCACGACACGCCCGAGAUUAACUUGCAAACCAUAUUGGACAACUUGGGGCAACCGCAUGUAUACGAGCACAUCAAGGAAGAGGAAACGAAUUUCAUAAAAGGCAAGCAAACCGAGCCACUCCCGACCACUGCGGAACCGAUCACCAAAGCUAACGUAUCCGUUAGACAGGAAGUGUCGGUGAGGAAAAACUUCAGCCCGGAUUCUAUUAAGCCGGCAAAAGUGAACGCGAAAAAUGGAUUACCGACGUUUACGGUCAAAAGCAACGACGAAGACUAUUUGCCAGCGGCGGAAGUCACUACUAAGCGCGAGGACUCGUUCCGCAACAAACUAAGAGCGUCGAAGAACUUGUUCAGGAACGGACUCAAACCGGUCGAGGUUAAAAAAUACGAGACCGUGACGUAUUUCGGAUUCGCGGACUUCAUGACCACUGUCGGCAACACGGUUAUUAUAUUUAUGCCGAAAACGCCGACGCUGCCCGAUGCCACGGGCGUCACGAGCAUCAAAGGCGAAGCGACUCUCCGACCCGAAGACAUAAUCAGUCCAACGAAAUCUGUGACAUUAACGACCGCUAAAUCGUUGGAGCCCACCGCGGAGAACUACGCUAAUGCUAUAGAGUCUAGUAUGGUAACCGCAGAAGAAACGAUGGCCUUGCCUACGGAACCGCUGUCCCGGCGCAUUUCAGAAACCACAAGAGUGUUUAACAACGAACAAGAAGCAUUGGGCCUAUUGAAAACAAUCGGGGGCGUGGAUGUGAUCGACAGCAGGACGACCAGACUAACCACGUUCUUCUAUGGCUCGUACAUUAAUGGUAAAUACACGCAGCUGGAGCAAACCGUCUCGACGUUACUCUCGAAACCGUUACAAACUUCUAAACCAUCUAAGGCCGAAAUACCAAUGACGAAAAUACCUACGACGACCGAACCUCCGGUGACGACCGAACUUCCAGUGACGACCGAGAAAAUCAUGAACGAAAUCACUACCGAAUCGGAAGUAGACGUUCCCACGACACCGGAAGAAGAAGUUGCCAUUUCGCCGACUUCAUCUUCCGAUGGAACGUUGUACAAGACGUACACAUAUUUAACGACGUUCUUCAUCCCUGUAGACGAUAAUUUGACUACUACGUCCGUAAAAUCAAGGAUCGUGCUGUCACCAGAACCUACUCACACGACCGAAACCUCAAUGACUCAAAUCACUACGAGUACAACGGAAACUAUUCCUACAACAACUCCUGGAGAUGACGAUAUUAUGAAAUCUACUACAACGGAGGAAAUGACGAUUAUAACUGAAAAAGAAUCGGAUGAAAAAGAAACGCCAGAGUUGACUACUAUUCCAAUGAAAGAAGAAAUGACCACAGAAAAUCCUGUUACUAAAGAUUCCGAUGAUGACGAAAUGAUGACUGAAAUGAUGACUCCGACAACUAUAAAACCAGAAAGUGAGGAAGAAGUGGAACUGUUAUUCAAAACAUUCUACACGACGUACACAUAUUUGACAACAUUUUUCGAACAAUCGACCACUAGUGUUUUAAGUAGAGAAGAAGUAGUUACUAAUAUUAUCACAUCUACGCUGGAAAAAGAUUUUCUUGCCACUGAUCCCGCGGUAGCCGGUCUUUUCGAUCGGGAAGAAGGAAACUUAUUAAAUACUGUAGCGCGUGAGACAGCAAGGAGUCCGAGAGUAUUAGCUACCCGCGUUGGUUCAGGAAGACCAUCUUCUGCUUUCUUACAAAAGCCUUCUGAUGAUUUAUUUGCUUCUACUUUAGAUUCGGUAGACUUUAAAAGAGAAUUAGCCACUCCCCCGUUAGACGAUAUUAAGACAUUUUCAAAAACGUAUACGUAUUUAACAACACGUUUAAACGAAGGAUCGGUCAACCUCAAAAAUCAGGCUAACAUGGUUAAGUCGUCAAAUAUUCCAUUUUCACUACGUAUUCAACCAACUUCAGCACAAAAUGUCAUCAAACCUACAGUACUAAAAGUACCAGACGCAAUGUCGGAACCUAUGGAUGAGCCAGAAACUGUUCAUGAAGAACUGAACGAUGAAAAACAAGAAGUAGAAACAAAAAAAGAUAAAAAAAAUGAAACUUCGGUUACACCAUCAUACAAAUACGACAUGACUAUCACGAGAAAUCGUACUAAAUAUAAUACCGACGACGAUAAGAAGCCUAUGAACGACGUAAUUAGUGAAUCAAUGGUUACGGAUACGAAAUCAAUCUCGUCAAACACAAUUAAACGAAAAGUGUCGACUGAUGAAGACGAAGAUAUGGAAAGUUCUGAAACGAAUGAUAAUAUAGAAUCUUCUCCAACACAUCAAUUGCAAACUAGUUAUACGACCUAUACGUAUUUUACUACGAUUUACAAAGGCAGUUCUAGCGAAAUCGUUAGUCGAUUUGAAACGGUAACAAAUGUAAUACCUCAUACAAUUGAACCGACUGAGAUAGACAAUUUGAACAGUGAAGAAACUUCACUGCCAGUAACUUUUUUCACGACUUACACUUAUUGGACAACUCUGUACAAAGACGGUAACACAAUAGUUACUAGUCGUGAAGAUACGUUAACCAAUGUUGUGUCUCCUACUGUAUCAGAUAGUAUUAAAAUUACACCCACAAUAAAGCCAUCAUCAAUGCUUACGGCUACUGAAAAACCACACGAACUCGAGCCUACUACGUUCUUCACUACGUUCACAUAUUUUACCACUUCUUACCUUGAUAAUGAAACAAUAGUGAACAGUAGAUUGGAAACCGUAACUAAUGUGAUGAACACAACAAGUGCUGAAGAAAAUGUAUCUAACGAAAAUAAAAGCGAGGAUAGUGUUAUUAAAACUAUGCCAGAGAAACCAUUGACUGACAGUACACCAAUUGCAGUUUUGAAACCCAUAGGGUUGAUAUCAUCCAUCUUAACCCAAGAAGUUAACAAUGGGGAAACGACUUCAUUUACUACGGAUGUAUAUGGCACUUACAUUGAUGGAUUAUACGCCCAAGUACUCGAGAGCCGGUCAAAUAUUGUUAAAAACGUAUCACCGAGUGGAAUGAAAUCUGAUGGUAAAAAUACAGGUAUUGUGGCGUUGAACGAGGGUAAAAUUAUUGACGCUGACGGAAUCAGUACCACAUUUUACACAACAAAAGCUAUUGGUACUUAUAUUGAUCAGCUUUACGCUCAAGUCAUAGAGAGCACAUCGUCAAUUAAGGUUAAUGAUAAGAAAGUUACUGAUCCUUCUACAACAGUACUAGGUGCUAAGACAUAUCGAACUGGUUUAGUAAGUUUAAUUGAAGGUACAAGUGUUAAAGACAUAAGUACAACUUACUAUGAAACAAAAGUUAUAGGGAAAGUAGUAGAUGGAAAAUAUACUCAAGAAUUUAUAAGCGAUUCUAAAGUUAAAACAGGAGUGAAACCUACUGCCGUUCAAGAAAUUAAAGCUUCUUCCACACAGUUGAAUGAAAUUUUGCAAAGCGAAAUGCCUAUAUCACCGUCCCCUGCAGCAAUUGAAAGUUCACAGGGCGAAAACGGUUCUACAACCGAAAAAAGCGAAGAAACCGAAGAUUCUAAAAAGAAAACUUUUCCUGUAAUUAGGCCAUUCGCUUCAAGGCCCAGACCAACAUUCCAACCGAAAAAAAAAACUAUUGACAGUGUAGGUGCUGCUACUAUAAAUAGGAGUAUAACACCCACAAUAGUCGCUACUCCAGCGUUAAAAUCAACCGAAAAGGGUGUAGGAGGACCCUCUAGCAGAAAUCGUUUUUCGGGAGUCAGAAAAUCUAGUUCAUCUCAACUGCCCGAAAUAAUUCCAUCGUCGUCAAAUAGCCGAAAAUAUUCUAGAUCCAAAAGUGCUAAUACACCAGUAAUCUCACCUUCGGUCAAUUUCAAGAAUAGAACACCUUCUUCGACAUUAAAAAUCACACCCACAUCAUCAACUACGCCUAGUUUUGGAGGUUCUAGAAGAAGUAGUUUGAGUCAAAGACAAUCAAGCUCGAGGCUGAGCUCAGAUAUAACACCCAAAAGUUCAAUACCGUCAAGGUUCAGAAUAAGACCGACAGCAUCUUCGAAUUUUAAUCGACAAUCAAGUACUAUAACAACAAGUACUGAAGAAAUACCGGACAACAAUGAGGUUAGCACAUCAUUAGUGUUAGACGAAACUUUAUUAACUUCUAAUAAUGAUGAGGAAGAAAUCGCUGCAUCACCAUCAACAACGGAAUCAUCAAGAAGAGGAAAUAACCCUUUGUUAAAACUUCGUCGACCUCCAUUACCUAAAACUUCAAUUACAACACAACCUCCAAGAAGAAAUUCUGCAAGAACUACAGUUAGAACAACAACAAGUACCACUACUACCACACCUAGGCCCCAAAGACCAAAAACACCAAGUCCUUUAAUUACACGUAACCGGCCAAAACCGGUUAAUGGAUUGUUGCCGUCUAGAAGUUUCGGUAAAAAAGAACAAGAACAAGAAGUAACAAGUGAACAAAGUUUGGACGAAGAAAAACUGCCACAAGAAAUCAAUGUAGAUGAAGUGAUUGAUGAUAAUUUCGAUAGUACCGUUACACAAGUUGAAGCACAAUCCAAUGCAGUAUCGGAGACAGAGCGACCGUUAAGGGGUAGUCGUACUUUUAACAAUAACCAAGUUCAAAUUCGGCCUUUUACUAGAGGAAGAAGUAGAGCAAGAAGACAAGUCGAAUUUGGAAACAAAUAUGAUAACAGUAGAAGUUAUAGAAGUAAACAGCCAGCUAAAAAUACUGCCGUAGAUUAUUACUAUUAUGAUGAAUAUGUGGAGCAAGAAACUCCUGCACCGGUAAGAACACCUCCACCUUCAAGAAGGCAACCAAGUCGAUCUAGACAACAACAGCAACAACAACAGCCACAACAACAAAGAGUAGCACCUACUACUUCGUCUUCUACUGUGGGCAGAUCACAGUUCACUUUACGUGAAAAGACUCCUACAACAGCGGCUCCAGCGCCAACUUCGAGAACUUCGAAUUUUAGAAGAACGCGACCACCAGUGCAACAAGAAUCUACUACGGCCAAAAGAUUAUCUAGAUUAAGGUAUCCAACUACAACACCGGAACCAGUACGCAAUAAUCGCCGUUAUACGCCCUCGGCGCGUAGACAAAAUACGCGAACAAGAAACAGAGAAGAUCUAAAUACGUUUUCUAACUCUCAGAGUAUUUUCGAUGGAUCGAUCACAGUCACACAUAAAAUACCAACAGAAUUAACAAUACCUAUAGUUAUAGGGAAAAAUACGGAGUACAAACAAGUUUUGACAGCUAAACCUAGUAUCGAAAUACUCGGGCCUCACCAAUAUAGUACUGUGGCUGGUAAAAAUGGUUAUCCAGUAAUUCAGCUUGCCAGAGAAGUCACUGAAACAUUACCGAGUGGCGCUACAGAAAUAACUAAAUUUAUUAUUUAUGAACAGCCGACAAGCAGUGUAACGUUUACUCCCACUUAUAUUAGAGGAAGAAAAACUUCGUACGCUCACAUUGUACCUAGUACCAUUUAUGAAGUGAAACCCGAAGUGAGUACCAUUCAACCACAACUGGCUAAUAAUGCACCAUUGGCCAAUUUACUGUUGUCGCAAUUGCUUUUGGGUAACUUGGGGAUUCAGCAAACGGCAAAUCCAUUAUUAGCUUUGAAUUCAGCAAUGGCUGUCCCGCAAUCACCCACCACAGAGUUCAAAACAAAAAGUACGACUUAUGUAACAACAGUAACGCACUCCACGUCCACUGUACUACCGAUUACUUUUAGAGGAAAAGUAAUUUCCACAACUGUUAUUGACAGUUCGUCUAAUGUUAUUACGGCUACUGAAUAUAUCACUGAAACAAUAGUUACAACUCCGACUAUCCAACAGUCUAACAACCAACUAAAUACAUUAUUAUUGCCUGCAUUACUACAAGCUCAGCUGCUAGGACAAGCGACUACAUCAAACAGUCUACUUGGUAGCAUUGAUUCCACGCAUGAUGAACUUCUCCAAGAGUUAAUCGAACCAACCCCGAAGUAUGAAGAUAAUGUUUCACAAAAAGAUGAUUCUAAACCGGCAAAGAAAAAAAGUAUAGCUAAGAAACCACCAGACCCGGCUAUACAACCGGCGGAAGCGAGUGUUGUGACACUAUACGUAUCCGGUAAAAGACCCGGAGAGUUUAGUACAGUUUUAUCGACGGUAAAUUUUGAUGAAACUGUAACCGUUCGUAAACGUGAGGUAGAACCUUCGUCGGUUAUCGAUUUAUUGGCGACUGAAUUUGAAGACAUUUUGCUGUCGUCUACCAAUGAUGAGCAAAUUCAAAGAUAUAACGAAGAAGAAACACAAAGCUUAGAAAGUAUAUUAGGUGAUGUGAGUAAAAAUGUGAAAAUUGAAAACCGUGCUACAAAAGUUAAAGUAGUCAUUGUUGAGCCCUCUUCUCAACAAGCCCAAGAAUCUACCGGUCAUUUUUUAUUGAAAGGCUCCGCUGAUACUCCAGUUCAGCGGGAAGUCAUAAACUCAAAAAUCUGGAGUUUAAAAAAUCGAAAAAAAAGAGACACGUCCAAUUUUCUAUCUACUAAGGACGUAUUUCUGUUCGAUUUUCCAAAAACACCGAAAACAUUUUUAACCCAAAGCAUUUUUUACAAUGUUGGUGAUAGGGACACUUCUUCUUUUACUUUCUCAAAAAAUCUACAAGACUAUAAAACUGGCACCAUAGCUGAUGAGCAAAGGGGGUUUGAUGAGAGGCGAUUUAAUUUUGCUACAAAAAAAAUGAGCAAUGGCGUCGAAGUUAUAGUUGCUGGAGACAAAAGUACUUAUCCCGGCCAAGCCAGCGUAUUAAGGGUACUACCCACAUCGCAAGCAAAGCCCAUUACACUCGCUCCAAGUACACUGACCGAUCACAUGCUUAUGAUGCUACCCCAUCCAAUUAAACAAAGCAUGAAUAAUCAGUUUGUUACCAAAACAUAUCUGACUACAUAUACGUAUCUAACAACAUUUUUGGAUGGAGAAGCUACUGUUGUAUCCAGCCGAGAAAAAGUGGUAUCUAACGUCGUAACAGAUGAAGUGAAUAAAAUCACUCCUACUUCUACACUUAGUCAGGUAACAUUGACAGCCAGUCCAAGUUUAGAAACCGGUGUGUACCACACGACUUAUACGUAUUUGAAUACCAUCGUUGAUGGAGACAUACCUCUCGUCAUGACAAGUCGCAAAACUGUAGCUAAUACAGUAACAGCGCCUCAUGAGUUUCUCACUCCUUUACAACCAUCUGAACCAGCUUAUCAUAAUACCAACACCUAUCUUAAUACAGUUUCGUUUACCAAAACGUUGAAUGAUGGUCCUGAUUACACUGUGGUAAGCACAGAGGAUAUAUUGACUCAAGUAGUAAUAACACAAACGGACAACACACCGACGUUGGAUACAGUGAAGUUGAACCUGGAAAGUGCAUUAUCGGAUGUGACUAAAACGUAUUACGUCACGUAUACGUAUUUAAACACCAUUCAAGAUGGAGACAAUACAAUUGUCAAGUCCGAUAUAUCAGUAUCUUCGGAUGUAGUCACAGAAACGUAUCCAGUAUCAACUGCAAUGCAAGAGAUACAAAUGACGCGUACCGUUGAUAAAUUACCAUUUCAUUUGUACGCCACUAAGACCUAUUUAACAACAUUUACUUAUUUCACCACAUUGUUGAAAGAUAAUGAUGGGAAAAAUCCAUCCAGCACACAAGUUAAAUCAAGAACCAAAAUUGUACAGAACAUAGUAACUGAAUCAUUAAACACUUCAAUAUUUAAUACAGAUUAUUUAUCUUCGAUAAGCUCGUCUGUACAUAAUGAAAAAAUACCUAUCACUGCCACUGCAACUUUGGACAAUGGUCAAAAAAUAGAAUUCACUGCUAUGAAUGAUUUAUUGCCAAGUAAACAAUUUGAAAUUAAUCCAACCCAAUCUAUUCAAACACAAGAAACGUUAAAACCAACAAUAACUGAAAACACUUAUAAGCCUGCUGAUAAGUUGAAAGAUACAAUCAAGCCAUCAAGUGUAAGUAAAGUGUCUCAAAAGACUGAAAUUCAAAAACCACCGAAAAAAAACUCUCCGACCAAGUCUGAACAACAAUUACCAACAAAUACAAUAACUGUCAAGCCAGAUAAUACGAACGUCGGAGGAUUAAUUAAUUUUGGAACAAUAGGAAGUAGCUUAACUGCUCUUAAACCUGUUAUCAGUGCUGUUGCUGGUAUAAUUCAAAAUAAUUUAAAAAAUGAACAAAAAACCAAAAAUGUCCAUGUGCUACAAAAAUCAACACCAAAACCAAUGAAACAAGAAACAACAAGUCGAGCUCCAAUAUACAUACCAGUUGGUGGACUAGCAGACUCUGACGGAUCAGAAAGUCAACAAUAUCCAGAUACAGAUCAAAGGCAUCCACACGUUGGACCUGCAAGGCCACCUGUUGAAGCGUCUUUAAUAUCUGGAGGAAUUCCUAUAAGCCCUGGUGAAGUAAUUACGACAAACAGUGAUGUAAUAAUUGGUAAGCCUUCAGUUUUAGGUCCAAGACCACCUAUAGAAAAUUCAAAGAAAGAAGAAACACCUUAUGGUAUGAGGCCUCCGAUUGAAAAUUCAAAUAGAGAAGAAAUACAUUUCGAUAUAAGACCACCGAUAGACAAUUCGAAUAGAGAAGAAAUACCUUAUGGUAUAAGACAACCAGUAGAAAAUUCAAAGAGGGAAGAAAUACCUUUUGGUAUGAGACCACCCCCUCCUCCACAGUUCAAAGACAAAAUUUCCGUUCCGAAUAAUUUUGCAAGAGAACACUUGAAAAAUCCAUUACCUCAUACAGAUAGAAAAAAUAAUCAGCCUCCUCGAUAUCACGAAAAUCGCGUACAGGCUCAAUAUCAAUUGACGAAUGCACCAAUUAAGUCUGAGGUUAAUAUUAUACCAUUAAGCAAACCAGAUCCUUGGCCUACAAAGUUUGUGACUGAUGUUCAGCCGUUGGUUUUAAAAAAUCCAGAUAUUCAACCACAAGUUAGUUAUGGUAAUCAAUAUUUGAUCACAUCCAAUCAACCAGCGUUUUUGGAACAAUCUUCUAUUGAUCCGUUAUUGGUAAAUAUAAAACCAUCUCAAGUUGCCCAAGUUGUGAUUCCGCAUGGAAGUCAAACAGCAUUAAUAUAUAGUGAUCAACCUGCAGUUGGCCACGGUCCUAAAGGAGAAAUUUUUAAUGACCCACAGCCAUAUCCGGAAAACCAUGUAAACCCAGGCUUUGUAGGAUUAGAAAUUUAUGGUACCUUAAAUCCAACGAAUAAUGUUGCAUCAAAAAUACCAGCGAAUGCAAUGAAUUUUGACAUUCCCGUCUCUCCAGCAGGAGGCAUAACUGUGGGUGACUCGGAAUCACAUCAUACCGUUCUGUUCGAUAAUGAGACGGAAGAAGUUAAAACAAGACCUGUACACGUUUUAAAACCACCACAGAUUUCGAACAAUCAAUAUUUAACACCACCGACAAUCUCUCAAGUUAACUCAUUCGUAAGAAGACCCGAUGCCGUACUUUCAGUCGAAGAUGAUUUGUUACAAUUUGAAGACGGUGAAGUCACCCAAGAAUCGAAAAAAAAUCCACUAAGACCCGGAGAACUCCCGUUUGGCGUUCAUAGUAGUGAGUUGGAUGACGAUCGAACUCCAAUAAUUACAGGCAAACCUAUCGUUGGUAAUUUUAAAGGUGAAGAACAAACGUUGUCGAUCGGACAACCUGUAAGUAACAAUGAACAAACGGAAUUAAAACCCGGACACUUUGUUGUUCCAAAUAAUAAACGUCCUGAUCUCCAAUAUAAUAUACAACAUUCAAAAAAUGAACAAGCAAUGAUAAAUAAUGCAAUAAAACAGAAUAAACUUAUGAUUAAUGUUCCACCAAGGGAUGAUAUUAAACAAGCUAUGAAUAUGGACGAGAAAGUACCACCACUACCAAUAGUUAAACAUGAACACAAUGAUUUAGAGAGUCAAAGUAGUACACCACAACCAUCCAUUGUUAAACCAAACCGUGACAAUGAAGUGGUAGGCUUAUCGCCUCCUCCGAUUCUUACACAUUCAUUGAAACAUGAUAACGUUACACAGAGACCUUUAGGAUCUAAAAGACCUUAUCGCCCACAGCUAAAACCUUCAACUUCGGCACCACCAUAUCAAUUUGAAAGACCACUGACUAGAAGACCAGUAAAGCCCUCUAAUAAUCAAGAAGAAAUGAUUUUGAAACCUUUAUCAACGACCGCGAAAAUUGAACCUGUUCAUAAAUGGGAGACUCCUUCGAAUUCAAGACAUGAUUAUAGAUCAAAAUACAAGGAGGAAAAGCCUGAAAUAUUGAAAGCAGAAAGUAAAGUCAUCAGUCAAGGCUCAAAUAUCAAAUCAAAUGUACAAGAAAAACCUAACGAAAAAACCGUUAUUUUUAGCGGUCCGGUAACAAAUGUAAUACCUACUGUUAUCACAAUGGACACAAUGAAAUGGCAUGAAUACAGCCCUAUUUCAAGUACAGAAAGUAAAAUCGAAACAGUGCAAUCUACAACAGAAACUCCAGCGCUAACAUCGUCUACUCUUGGUAUAAUAAAAUCGUACACCACACCUAGUAAGCCCACCACAAGUAAAACUACCGACUAUCAUAGCGUUAUUAGUGUUGUUGUUAAAAACGAAGAAAAAGUCGAGGAGAAAUCUAGUGAAAAGGAAGUUGAAAAUCCAACAACGCCAAAGCAAAAAUCACAAAUGAGACCUCAGGUCACAAUAUUACAAUUACCAGAAAGACCUUCAUUCAUGGACGAGUUCCAUAAACAAUUACAUCAAGGAUCAUCGCUCCCGACGCGAUUUGUUACUCAUACACAAACGUUAUCGGUAACUAUAACGGAAACAACGGUCUUACAAAGUGAUGGACUUGAACCAUCUACACAUACACUUGUUCUCACUAAAACACAAACCUCCACUUUAGUGGAUACAGUCACUGAAUUCCAUACGUUGGUUAAACCCACGCAAGUCCUGUCUACAAUAACAACCACGCUUCCCGCGUCUAUUCACUCUGAUCCAGUGCUUUUAGCACCUGUUGUUGAAGGUACAAAAACAAAAACCAUAAAUGUGCCACCGGACGAAAAUGAAACAUUAUUAGUGGUCAUGACAGAUAAAAAAGGAGGAGGCGGGAACCAUGGAAUACCGCCAGAAAUACAAGUUCCCGAUGAAACAAACGAAAUAGGACCCAGUGAUGUAUUGUUGAGUGGUAUUUUAACGCAUUCAUCAGAUUCUGAAUGUCGACCUGAAUGCAAGGCAUCAAAAAAUGAAAUAUGUCAAAGAGUAGAAAACGUUAUGAGAUGCGUCUGUAGGCCCGGUUUUGCAAGAAUAUUUAUGGACCGACCUUGUAAACCAACUUAUACGUACACAAUGAAGUUGGUAUUGGACAAAUUCCGCAAAGAACCAAUUAAGUAUUCGUCAAAUUUAGAAAACCCGGGUUCAAAUCAAUAUCAGCAAUUAACCGAAGCCACAAGGGAAGGACUGAACCGGAUGUCAAUGCAAUCAGAUCUAAGAGAUAUUUACCACGGUGUGAUUGUAGGAGGUUUUGAACCUGUUGAAAAUGGUGAAAAAGCCGCCGUUUCAUAUAUAAUACAGCUAUCUGAAAACGCAGAAGACACUAAAUUGUGGGAAGCGACGAAAAAAUCACUGAGGGCUACGAAUUACAGUUUAGGAGGAACCGACGUAUUCGCUGCUCGUGAUCAAUUACAAUUAUUGUCAGCAGAAGAUUUUGAUGAAUGUACCGAUUCGAAGUUCCACGACUGCUCAGAUAAUGCUAAAUGUUUUAAUUUACACGGAACGUAUACUUGCAGCUGUAAAGAAGGAUUCACUGACCUUUCGCAUAACACUCAAUUCCCUGGUCGAGUUUGUUCAUCCGAACUUAUUGGAUGUGACGUGUGUAACUAUCAUGGUACUUGUUAUUUAAGCAAUCAGGACCAGACGAUCUGUGAAUGUUUCCAAUGGUACGCUGGUAAACACUGUCAGUUUAACUUGAAAGUUUUAUUAUUGGGUUUGAUUGCCAUUGGAGUGAUGUUAUUGUCACUACUUGUCGCGUGUUUGUUAAUGGCUUGUUGUAAAAAACGAUCCAGGGAGUCGGUUAUGGGUUUGUAUCAACCUCAACGUCCAGUUAUAGGUUUCAGACGUUAUAGAAAUAUGAUAGCGACGACGAGUGGAGACAAAAGAGCGAUGAUCAGUGUCGAUACAGGCAGCGAGACAAGCGUCGACCAUACCCCUCCUCCUUAUGUUAAACAAAUUGUCAAUAUGCAGAGACAAACUCACGCGCAAGUCCAUUCUCAAAUGAAGGCCCCAUCUCCAUCUAUUCACGGGGGCAGUACCAUGCGUAGUGGAUUGGAACAAAGAGAUAGAAGUCUUACUGUAAUGAUACCUAGGGCGAAGUAUAGGUCAACCCCUCAGCAGGCUCCGUCGAUAUUAACCAUGUCCACUUUUGGACCGGAACAGAAAGCAAUGUCGUACUUGGACUCCAGACAAACCCCGACAAAGGGUUCAAGAUGUAGCAGCAGGAAGCCGAGUGAUUCGACUCAAAGAUCCGUAGAUAUUCAACCUCCCCAACGGAAAAAACACGCUGCUCCAAGAAAACCAUCUACCGGGGCACUAGUGUCCGCUGGAUUCGAGGUUUCGGCUACCGUUGUUAAAACUAAAGAGCUAGCCGAAACAUAUGUAGGCCAUGAGGACGACAAACCAGAUUUCAACACUGGUAGAACGACAGCUGCGAGAACUGUGUCUGUAGCAAGAUCAUUUGACGAAACGACCAUACAACCACCGACGAGACGCUAUCAUCCGGAAAGUCAUUAUGAAUCGAAAUCACAGUACUCGCAUAAAACAAAUGAUGAAGGUCACACAAUGGUCGAAAGAGACUUGGGCUCCACGUAUCUGAUGCCUCAAUCAAAACUAUAUAAACCUGAUAACAGGGGCAGCGAUACAUCGAACUUCGACUCUCUAUGACGGAAUUAAAUCCGUAUUUAAUCGAUCAUGCCAUAUAAUAAUAUAAUUAACAGUCAUAUGAGAAUUCCAUGAGAAAUAUUCGUUUCAAUUUCGGCAGAUUAAUCAUCUUAAGAAUUUGUCAAACGCUGGAUUCGUACGCACAGUAAUAUAAUACAUGUAAUACUAAAAUAAAUGUUUCAGAUAAUCAUCUUAUGUUAUAUCUAUGUUGUACAGCUUCCAAAACUCUGUACUCUUAAUUUAUUGUUGUAUAAUGAUAUUAUAUUAUAAUGUCCUAAAACAAUAUUAAUGUUAGUGUUUAUAAUAA